UAGAACCCAAACCCAAAACUCUUUCCCUCGCCUCUACUACACAACCUCUAGCCAUUAAUGGCUAUUGUAGUUUGAAACUAAACCCUACAAAAUCACUUGAGAAUAAUGAGCUCGGGUUCACCUAAACCCUCAAAAUUCGCGGUGUAUCAGAACCCAGCCUUUUCUGCUGCCUUAACAACUAAUAGCCUUCGUCCUUCCAAAUCUAAUUUCGUAUUUAUACUCACUCUUUCCUUCGCUUCCAGUUCUCUUAUUCUCAGGAGUUUUUCUAGGGAAAACGGGAUUGCCGACAGCCUGAAAUUUGGAUAUGUUUCUCAAGAAACUGCUUGUCUUAUUGUCAGACUGAUUCAGGCUUUUGCAGCCGUAGUCUUGUUUGGAACUUUUCUUGCCCUUUUCAAGGCUAUUUAUUUAUGUACAACGAAGACUGCUGAUGUGUCAAUUGUGUCUCCGGACAAAGGAACAACGGAGCAUGCACGUCUGACUAAUCGACAAUUAGGGCUUUUAGGGAUUAAACCAAAUGUUGAGCAAACUACUACGGAGUCUCCGAAGAGACCUCCCAAAGCAAGAAGUGUCUCAGCCUCUCCAUCAGAACCCCUUGUCCCUGUUCAUCAGCCAAUUUCUAGUUCAAACCAUUCAUCUAGACUUAGUAGUGACAAAGGUAGAACUAGCAGUGGAACUAAAAUACCAUCUUUUAGCAACCCUUCGAAAUCACCAGCUUCGCCAUCCUUGUAUCUUGUUUCAGCAUCUUCCUCUCAAUCACCUUUAAUCCAGUCUUCAUCGGGUGGGGAACACUUGGUUGCCACCCCUUGGUCGAACAAGCGAGCUACUUAUCAUAAAGAGAUUGCGACGGAGGAACAGUUUGAAAAGUUCCUGGCUGAUGUUGAUGAGAGAAUUACUGAAUCAGCAAGCAAGUUGGCAACUCCACCGCCCACCAUAAGUGGGUUUGGUGUAGCCAGUCCUGGUAACUUGCCCAGUUCCACGAAUACUUCUGGAACUCCAAGAAGUACUCCUCUAAGGCCUGUUAGGAUGUCCCCUGGUUCCCAGAAGUUCUCAACUCCACCAAAGAAGGAAGGCGAUCUACCACCUCCAAUGUCAAUGGAAGAGUCCACUGAAGCAUUUGAACAUCUGGGGAUUUAUCCACAGAUCGAGCAGUGGCGUGAUCGACUCAGGCAAUGGUUUUCAUCCAUGCUGCUAAAGCCUUUGCUUAACAAAAUUGAUACUAGCCAUACGAAGGUUAUGCAAGCUGCCGGCAAACUAGGCAUUACAAUCACUGUCAGUCAAGUUGGAAAUGAAACACCUGAUACUGGGACUGCUGCUAUAGCUACUACCGGGAGGACUAAUGAAUGGAAACCCACAUUUUCUGUUGAUGAAGACGGCUUACUUCACCAGUUGCGUGUAACUCUUGUCAAUGCUCUUGAUACUUGCAUGCCAAAGUCAACUUCUGGAGGUCUUCAAGCAUCCUCGCCACAGACCUCUAUGAUCCCUAUUUUACAAGAGUGCAUCGAUGCCAUCACUGAACACCAAAGGCUUCAUUCAUUAAUGAAAGGAGAAUGGGGCAAGGGAUUGUUGCCACAAAGCGGUGUCCGUGCAGAAUAUACAGUACAGAGGAUCAGAGAACUUGCUGAAGGAACCUGUUUGAGGAACUAUGAUUAUUUGGGCAGUCUGGAGGGGUAUAAGAAAGGAAACAAUAAAUGGAAUCUCGAGCUUCCAACCGAUUCUCAUUUGCUCCUAUAUUUGUUUUGUGCUUUCCUGGAGCACCCAAAGUGGAUGCUGCAUGUUGAUCCUACAGCUUAUGCUGGAACCCAGUCUAGCAAAAAUCCAUUAUUUUUGGGUGUCUUACCUCCUAAAGAAAGGUUCCCUGAAAAGUAUGUAGCUGUUGUGUCUGGUGUUCCUUCUGUGCUCCAUCCAGGAGCUUGCAUAUUGGCUGUCGGAAAGCAAAGUCCCCCAGUUUUUGCCCUAUACUGGGAUAAGAAGCCUCAGUUUUCUCUCCAGGGGAGAACAGCACUUUGGGAUUCUAUCUUGCUACUGUGCUAUAAAAUUAAGACUGGGUAUGGAGGGUUAGUGCGGGGCAUGCAUCUUUCUUCAUCAGCAUUGGGCAUUCUCCCAGUUCUUGAUUCAGAAAAGGACGACUGCUGAACUCGAAUCCACCCAGCCUAUGCCAUAAGCCUUUUGCAAACUGUCGAGAUGUGAAGAACAGCUGUGUGUAAUAUUCUCGCUGUAGCUGGGUAAUAUUUAUCCUGAUUCCUGAGAUAAGGCCCAAGGGUAUCCCUAUAAGCGAUUAUAGUUUCGUAAUUCUGGCCCUUAAACAAAGAAUCAAAGAGUUUCUGUAGACGUGCUUUCAGGCUCUUAAACAAAGAAUCAACGAGUUUCUGUAGAGGUGCUGUACCGUAAUUUAUCUCAUAGUAAAUGUAUUUACGAUCUUUCUUGCAUAUUGCCGAGGUUCGGUAGGAUUGUAGCCGCUAGUGGACUUGAAACGCCAGUUUUAGGAGAAAUCUUUGUUUGCUUGUUGUAGAUUUAAAGGAGUUCUUUGGCAGUUAAGACUACAGGGUUGUAAUCUAAAGCAGUUUGCUGCUUCUUAGUUCUUACAACCACAGAAAUGUGAAAUUACGUUCUCUUU